CCGACUUUUCGACGGAAGCCGCGACGUAAAAAUGUUCAUGAAAUUCCACUUCCUUUCCACGCAACUGAUUCCUCCUCCGGGUCCAAGCAGAGCGCAGAGACAGAGAAAUUCAAUUAAAGGUUUUAAAACUUUCAGCAAAGCAAAGCGGAUAUUUGACUUAAUUUUCUUCGGGGUUUUUUCCGUAACUCGAGGCCAAGAAACCAGGGGCGGAGUCUGAGGAGUUUGACUCAAGUGCAUCCCGUUAAUUUUUGUGGUUGACAGCUAACCGGAUGUUGAGGUGUCCGACCUGGCAGUGUGUUGUUUACACCGGACUCACAACCAGAGUGAAGACGCGUGUGGGUGUAUUUGUCUUCCAGUCAGAAUUGGAUGCAAACGCACAGGCGUCAUCGUUCCUUACAGGAAGUCCUCCACACCAUUUCCCUUUUUAGAAGCUCAACAAAAGAGACUCUGCCGGCCACUUCCUGUAAACAGCUUGGGGUUUUUGUGUCAAAAAAAUAGUCAAAGGACUUGCCUGUGUAUGUAAAGUAAUUGUAGGGGCUUGGGAUGGAAAACUUGGUAAAGGCAAAAUGUGUCAACUGUGGACUUGGAUUUUAACCCAAGACAGGGUUGCUGGAGCCUAUCCCAGCUAACAAGGGAGAGGAGGCAGGGUACACCCUGAACUGGAAACCAGGAAUAUCAACAUAGGCACUGGGAGAACAUGUACACUCUGUCCAAGUGUGUGUAGAUGUGCGACAGCGGAUUGUGCGAGGACAAGCCCCCCGCUCCCCCUGUCAGGAUGAGUAGCCAAGGAGGCGGAGCCAAGGACCCCCAGGCGACCAAUCACAGCUCUCGGCCUCUUCCGUCCGUGCCGGAGGAGCGCAAGUCCAGAAACAAGAUCAUCUCCAUGUUUGCAUCAGAGAAAGGAGGUAGGAAGAAGGACCGGGACAAGGACAGGCCGGAGAUUUCCUCCCCGUCGGAUUUUGAACACACCAUCCACGUGGGCUUUGAUGCCGUCACUGGAGAGUUCACUGGCAUGCCGGAGCAAUGGGCCCGUCUCCUCCAAACCUCUAACAUUAGCAAAUCGGAACAGAAGCAGAAUCCCCAGGCGGUCCUGGACAUCCUCAAGUUCUACGACUCCACCAGCGGAAAGCAGAAGUAUCUCAGCUUCUCAGCAACAGAUAAAGAUUCGUCAUCGGGUAAGAAGGGCACGACCACCACGUCGGGCGGCAAAGAUGGCGACGACGACGAUGAUGACGACACGCCGCCACCUAUCGUGGCUCCCAGGCCGGAGCACACUAAGUCCGUUUACACACGAUCAGUGAUCGACCCUCUCCCGCCUCCCGAAGGCGAUGCCGCCUCUAAGACUGCCGACAGGCAGAAGAAGAAAGGAGGAAAGAUGACCGACGAAGAGAUCAUGGAGAAGCUCAGAACAAUUGUAAGCAUCGGAGAUCCCAAGAAGAAAUAUACUCGAUAUGAGAAGAUCGGGCAAGGGGCAUCUGGGACAGUCUACACAGCAAUAGAUGUUGCCACCGGGCAGGAGGUGGCUAUCAAGCAAAUCAACUUGCAGAAGCAGCCCAAGAAAGAACUCAUUAUCAAUGAAAUUCUGGUCAUGAAGGAAAUGAAGAAUCCCAAUAUUGUCAACUUUGUAGACAGCUUCCUGGUGGGCGAUGAGCUCUUUGUGGUGAUGGAGUACCUGGCAGGUGGUUCCCUUACCGACGUAGUGACAGAGACGUGCAUGGACGAGGCCCAGAUCGCAGCUGUGUGCAGAGAGGUCCUGCAGGCUCUGGAGUUUCUUCAUGCCAAUCAGGUCAUCCAUCGAGACAUCAAAAGUGACAACGUACUGCUGGGCAUGGAUGGAUCGGUCAAACUUACCGACUUUGGCUUCUGCGCUCAGAUCACACCGGAGCAGAGCAAGCGCAGCACCAUGGUGGGCACGCCCUACUGGAUGGCUCCAGAGGUGGUCACCAGAAAGGCCUACGGACCCAAAGUGGACAUUUGGUCUCUGGGGAUUAUGGCCAUUGAGAUGGUUGAAGGAGAGCCCCCAUAUCUCAAUGAGAACCCUCUCAGGGCACUGUAUCUAAUCGCCACCAAUGGCACUCCUGAGCUGCAAAGUCCAGAGAAGCUCUCCCCAGUUUUCAGAUCUUUCCUGUCGCGAUGCUUGGAGAUGGAUGUAGAAAAGCGAGGGUCUGGCAGAGAACUCUUACAGCAUCCUUUCCUGAAGCUGGCCAAGCCUCUGUCCAGCCUGACUCCUCUCAUCCUGGCUGCCAAGGAGGCCAUGAGGAGCAAUCGCUGAGGAAGAGUGUAGUACCCAUCAAAAUCAUCCCUAAAAACCUAAAGACCUUGUUUUUUUUUCACCUUGGUGCCUUCUUUUAACAGUGUUCCUCGAUACGCCACGUGUCAAACAUCAACUAUUUGUAUACAAUCCAAUCCAUUUUUGUACUAGUAGAACCUGCAAAUAACUCAUGAGAUAUGAUAACGCACCGUUUAGGAUGGUUGUGUCUUUUAAUGAUUGUAAAUAUGUCCAAAAUCUCUAGUUGAAACCAAAGAGUGCUGCUCUGGUGCUACAUUAAACCAUCUGAAUCAGAAUAUUUAACUUUUAUUUUUUUACGGUAUUCAAAAACCUUCGUACUGCUUUGUUUCCUUUCAUCUGGCUAUUUGUUUGGUUGUCAUACACCGCAUGCAAACAUAUUGAUGCAAACUACCAUCAAGCAAAAAUGUUGUUUUUUUUUCACUCAUUUUCUACACAGUGUUCAGUUUUGUCCGUAGAACAUACAAAAGAAAAUGUCAUUGAACAUUGAUAACUAACAGAUGGUAUUUUCCAUUGUUUUGAUUUAAACUGAUCCCUAAAGAUACCUCAUUUUAGAUCAAUCUUAGAUACUCAAAGAGCCGUUUUGACAUUUUCCCACUAAAAAAUAUGAUACCAUGAGCCACAAAAAUGUUUGACAUCUUAUAUUUAAUGAACUGCGACAGAGAACACAAAGUUAUUUAUCUAUGGUUUUCCCAUUGGGGCCCAAAUAGUUUAGGUUUUGCAGAUUUUCUGGGACUUUUUUAGAAUUACAACAGCACCAUCAUCUUCAAAUUUAGAAUUACAUUUGAAAAAUUUAUGAUCUAAAUGAACCCUUUCAGAGACAGGGGUCAGGAGAGUGGACAGCUAUUCAAAAGCUGACACAUAACCCAUAGGCAAGUGACUAUUUUUGGUCAUAAAAUAUAUUAAAAAUUAUAUAUGACAUAUAUUUCUUAAAUUAUUAAUGAUUUUUUUGGUAUUUUUUUAAUGUUAUUUCAGAUAAUUAUAAAUCCCCUUAUGAAUUGAUACAAUGUUAAUAAAUACUAACUUAAUUGUAACAGUAUAGCCAGAUUGAGCAGGUUCUUAAAUUCCUUAAGAGAAUUUAAGCAGUUGAGUUAUGUCUACUUAAAAAUCCCAAAUUAGCAUGUCUAAUAGGAAGUUUUAUUUAUUCUUUUUAGGGCAGUCAAAUUUAUCGUGUUAAUGGGCGGUAAUAAAUUUUUAAAAUUAAUCACGUUAAAAUAUUUGACGCAAUUAAUGCAUGAACGGAAUGACCCAUUCAUGCAUUGCCUCAAAGAGUUUACAAUGACGCUGUUUUAGCACAUUGAGAGCGAUAAGGGAGAGACAUUCGAGUGGACACAGGCGUUCAUUGGACCGCGCCUUUUAUUGGCUUAAGCUUUGGCAGCUACUACUAACAGUCAUGGUGCCCCAACUUCCCAUCAUGCAUUUGGGCGGAGCAAAAGACAAUCUUUUUCUUAACACGCCUAUUUGAACACAACGCAGAACAUACUAUAUACCAUUUGCAGCCACCACUGACAGUCAUUGUUCCCCAACUUCCCAUUAUGCAUUUGGGCGGAGCAGGAGACAUUCUUUUUUCUCAACACGCCUAAUUGGACACAGCGCAGAACAUACUGUAAACCAUUUGCAGCCACCACUGACAGCCAUGGUUGCCCAACUUCCCAUCAUGCAUUUGGGCAGAGCAGAAGACGUUCUUUUUCUUAAAACGCCUAAUUGAACACAAUGCAGAACAUACUGUAUACCAUUUGCAGCCACCACUGAAUGUCAUGGUUGCCCACCUUCCCAUCAUGCAUUUGGGCGGAACAGUUAAGUCGCUACAGUAUCAUUUAGUGAAAGCACAACAAAAAUAAUAUUCCUAUCCCUCAAAAAAAUAAUGUUCACAAAAAGAAAAGCACUCAAUGCAAAGAGAACUGGCAUUCCCAAUCAAAUAACUAUGCAAAAUACACAUAAAUGUUAAUCAUGUUAAUGCCAUGUUGUGGAUUUAUUGUUAUAAUAAACAAAUACAGUACUUAUGUACAGUAUGUUGAAUGUUUAUGUCCGUCUUGGGUCUUAUCUUUCCAUUCCAACAAUAAUUUACAGAAAAAAAUGGCAUAUUUUAGAGAUGGUUUGAAUUGUGAUUAAUUACGAUUAAUUAAUUUUUAAGCUGUGAUUAACUGGAUUAAAAAUUUUAAUCGUUUGACAGCCCUAAUUCUUUUUUUUUCAGUGCAUGGUUUGCAUGACAUUAGCAAUUCAUGGAUGAUUUCAUGGUGCUCCAUUUGGUUUGCUUACCUUCGUCACUAUGGGGCAGUAUACUGUAUAUUAUAUGCGUACAACGUUGCCAGAUUGGGCGUGUUCCCGCUUAUUUGGGCUAUUUUCAAAGACUCGGAGCUGGAAGGAAAAGCAUUAGGCGGGUUGAUAAAAUUCGGUCUUCUUUUUACAGAACUAAUUUAGCUUUUUAUUUGUUUUAACAGUUUAACAUGUUUCUCUAUAUAUUGAAGUUCAGCUACAAUGCUACUGAACUGGCAUUUUAGUACCUCAAAGCGUGUCUGCUGUAAACUGCAUGUCAUUUCUGAUUUUACAGUGAAAUUCAUCAAUUUUAUUGGAAAAAUGGCAUAACAUUAAAAGGCGUU